UCUCUCUCUCUCUCUGCCUCUCCAGAGUUGACGUUGAUUUGAAACGUCAUUACAUUUUAUACACUCUUUCUGGUCCAAGUCUGGAGCUGUUGUAAAACAUCUACAAGAGCUGGGUUGUGUAGGGGAGAGUGUCCCGGCCAGACGAUUCCAACAAGAUGCUUCAGACGAUUUACGAGUGGUUCUGGUGGGACCGCCUCUGGCUCCCUUAUAACCUGACCUGGGCGGACCUGCAAGACCGGGAUGGCCGUGUCUACGCCAAAGCCAGUGACCUCUACGUCACCAUACCUUGUGCCUUCGCCUUAAUGUUUGUCCGUUAUGUUUUCGAGAGAACCGUAGCCACUUACUUUGCACACUUACUGGGCAUUAAAGAGAAGGUCCGGUUAAAGGUGAAACCUAACCCCAUCUUGGAAAAGUCUUUCACUUUCUCGUCCAAACAUCCCAAACAGAGCGAGAUCGAGAGCCUCGCCAAGAAGAGCCACCUCACCCCACGCCAGGUGGAACGGUGGUUCCGACGCCGCAGGAACCAGGCCCGGCCAAGCGUGCUGAAGAAGUUCCGGGAAGCCUGUUGGCGGUUUACCUUCUACCUGAUCGCCUUCGUUGCCGGCAUGGCGGUCAUAGUGGACAAACCUUGGUUCUACGACCUGCGGGAAACGUGGAAAGGAUUCCCUAUCCAGACGAUGCUGCCCUCCCAGUACUGGUACUACAUGAUCGAACUCGGCUUCUACUGGUCGCUGCUCUUCACCGUGGCCUCCGACGUCAAGAGAAAGGACUUCAAGGAGCAGAUCAUCCACCACGUGGCCACCAUCAUUCUCAUCAGCUUCUCCUGGUGCACCAACUACAUCCGGGCCGGCACCCUGGUCAUGGCCGUGCACGACGCCUCCGACUACUUCCUCGAGUCGGCCAAGAUGUUCAACUACGCCGGGUGGAAGGCGACCUGCAACUGCCUCUUCAUCCUCUUUGCCGUGGCCUUCUUCAUCACCAGGCUCGUCAUCUUCCCCUUCUGGAUCAUCCACUGUACGGUGAUCUACCCCCUCGAGCUUUACCCUGCCUUCUUCGGAUAUUACUUCUUUAACGGAAUCUUGGUCAUUCUCCAGCUGCUGCACAUCUUCUGGGCCGCACUCAUUCUCCGAAUGGCUCUCAAGUUCAUAACUGGAAACAUCGUGGAGGAUGAACGCAGUGACCGGGAAGAGACAGACAACUCUGAGGACGAGGAGUCGGUGAAGAACGGUCCUGUGUCCAACGGGCACGCAGCACUGAACAACAAUCGCAGGAAAACCGAUUAGUGCCUACUGUUUCCUGGGGAGCAAGUGGGGGGAGGGAAGGAGAGAGAGAGAGAGAGAGAGACAAUGCUCCCUCUUCAUCCCCUCCUCCCUCCCCCCUCUUCAUCCCCUCCCUCCCUCUCUCCUGGUAACAACUGCACACCAAUGUGGUGGUGGGGAGCGUUGGGGUGGGUGGGUGGGGGGCAAGGAUAACUUUUUUUAACAAUUGGGGAGGUUGGGGGGGGGAAGAAGAGAAAAAAAAAAUUACAGCUUUAAUAUAUUAAAAGACCCAGGUAGAGAAAUGAAUGCCUUAACUUGCUCCCUCCCCUCCCUCUCUGAAUUUCUAACAGGGUGGGGAGAGGGGGGAGGGUGGGGAAAUGACACGCAGUUGCCCGCGGGAGGGGCAGAAGAGGGAGGGUUGCAGAACGGAUACCCCAAAGCUCUUGAUUAGCAGGUCUCGAUGCCUCUUGAAGCAGUAUUCUCUCGUUAGUUUGCUUAAAUUCCCCAUCUCUCCCACCACCCUCUCCCCCACACUCCCCCUUCCCUCCCUCCUGGACCCAGCUGGGAUGGGGGGGGGGGGGGGUGGGUGGUGGGGGUCACCAUGGUGGGAUCGCACCUUGUAAUGGGCAAUGUUUUGGGUGUUUUCUUUCUAAAAAGAAUCACUUGGAAGUGUGACUCUGGGGGGAAAAAAAGCAGUGGACAGCCUGGAUAGUUGCCGAGGGGGCAAUUACGCCCUCCCUGCCCCUCGCACUGUGCCCUACCCCCAUCCCUGAGGGGUUGCUUGGCUCCCAGAGGAAGGGGGGGGUGUAGAAGGGAUGCAGGUGGAUGGGAGGGAUUGGUUAGGUCUGGGUUGUCCCACUGGCCCCCUCCCUGAUUAGGGGGGGAGGUGGGUUUUGCAAUAAAGUUGGGGGGGGGGGAUCUUCUAGUCAACUAUUUCGUGCAUCAGUUUACAGCACUCGCAGGAGUUGCCCGGGGAAGAGGUAGGCGCUAGGUUGGGGGGAGGGGGGGGGAAGGGUGUGAAGAUUGUCUGAAACACUCAAUUAAAUUUUAUUUUCACUGCCCACCCCCCCCCUCCCCCAGAGUUAAAUAGGUCAAAAUGUACCCGGGAGCUCAAACCCCCAGGGUCCACUCCUCUGGUCCGUUUGUCACACUCCAUACAGAGGGGAGGGGGAGCAGAGCGCAGUCCCCUGGGACGGGAGGGGGUGGGUUUGAUGUCACCCUCGGGACACUGAGAUACAUGUUGUAAAUAUGGAGACGAAAUUAGAUGUCGGCAUGCCUAAAACCAUUUGCAAUUAAUUUUUUUGAUUAAAAAUCCGUUUUAAAAGA